AUGAAGGUCGAGCAGGGCUUCCAGCAGCGCCCCUUCGAUCUCGGUGACCCCUGGUCCCGCGACCCGGCCUUUCGCGCCGUCGUGCGCCGUCUGCUCGCACCGGCACCGCCAGCGCUGUCCGCCCAGCACAUCUCGCAGCGCCUCAGCGCAUUCUCCCUCCGUGUUGCCACACAGGCACGCCCCUGGUCCCACCCGGGCCGCUGUGCAGACCCCGUGUUGGUCAACUGUGACAACUGGGGGCGCAGGAUCGACCGUCUCGAGACCAGCGAAGGCUGGCGCAGGCUCACGCAGUGGAGCGUCUCCAACGGUCUCAUCGGCGAGGCCUACGGCCCUAAGGGUCAGGAGCAGUACCUCUGCAGGAAAGAGUACGACAGCGCCGGUGGUAGGGAAGCCCUCGGUGGAUACGCCCGUCUGUACGCAUUUGCACGUACCUACCUUUUCGCGCCCGACUCACGCGUCAACGUAUGCCCGACAUCCAUGCAGGAUGGCGCCGUACGCACGCUCGAGCUGUACGGCACGGACGAGCAGCAAGCCACAUACCUGCCCCGCUUGCUGUCGCGCGACGUCGAAACCGUCUGGAUCGCUGGGCAGUGGAUGACCGAAAAACCCGGCGGCUCCGACGUCGCGCAGACCGAGACGAGGGCGACGCGUCUGGAGAGCCUGGCCAGCGCCUCUUCAGCGACGACGGCAGCCCCCAUGCAGCCUGGCAAGCCGGGCGACCUCUACCUCCUCGACGGCUUCAAAUGGUUCUCCAGCUGUCCGGACGGCAACAUGGCGCUCGCGCUUGCGCGCACCUCGUCGUCCGCCUCAGGCGCCGGCUCCGCGGGCCUGUCUCUCUUCCUCCUCCCGCUGCGCAAGUCCGCCCGCCGCCCGAUCCCUGCGCACCUGCAGCGCUUUGUGCCGGACAACAACCCGCACAACGACUACAACGGCAUCCGCAUGCAUCGCCUAAAGAAGAAGCUCGGCACUGAGCUCGUCCCGACCGCUGAGCUCGAGCUCGAUGGCGCCAUCGGCGAACUGAUCGGCCAUGAGGGCCGCGGCGUCUUCUACAUUGCCUCGGUGCUUAACCUGACGCGCCUCUACUCGGCCUCGGGCACGUGCGCCGCCAUCAGCUACGCGCUCAACAUCGCCACCGACUACGCCGGCCGGCGUCGCGUCAACGCGACGCACGACGCACCGCGCGGAACACUGCUUAGCGAAGUACCCAUGCACGUCGAGCGUCUCGCCCGCGUCAACGUCACGCACCGUGCGCUGCUGCAACUCGUCUUUGGCACCAUCGCGCUGCUCUCCCUCUCCGAGGCCCGCCGCGCGACGCCGGAGCAGGAUGUCCUUCUGCGCCUCCUCACGCCCAUCGCCAAAGCGUUCAGCGCUCUGCGCGCCACCGAGUGCUACGUGCAAUGCAUCGAGGCGCUAGGCGGCCAGGGCUACAUGCAAGAGUCCGGCCUCGGCGACGUCCUCAAGAGCGCCACCGUCGAGCGCGUCUGGGAGGGCACGCCAAGCGUGCUCAGCCACGACGUCAAGCGCGUCCUCGUCAAGAGCAAGGGACUCGCGCUCGUC